ACACAAAAAUAAGAUAACUGACAUUUAGCAGACAUUAUGUUCACUGUGAGUGAUUACCUAAUUGAAGCAAGUUUCAAGUCAAGAUAACUUCAACACGUUAAAAAAGCAAAGGCAAUCAAGGGAGCAUCGACCUUGUGGUCUCUCUGAAAAAUGGCCAAAUCAGAGGAGAAUACAUGACGGUGAAAGGCACAGAUAAGAGGGUGAAGCAAUACCUGGGAAUCCCCUUUGCCCGCCCCCCUGUGGGGCCCCUCCGCUUUGCUGCUCCCCAGGAGACAGAGCCUUGGGAGGGAGACAGAGACGGCACACACCAGCCCCCCAUGUGUAUCCAGAAUCCAGAAAUACUUUUGAAUGUUUCUAGGACCAUGUCAAUGCAAUACACCCCAACAGAGCUUUCAGAGGACUGUCUGUAUCUGAACGUAUACACUCCAGCUAAUGCAACAAAAGGGGACAAACUGCCGGUGAUGGUGUGGAUCCAUGGAGGAGGUCUGUCAAUGGGUGCAGCAUCUCAGUAUGAUGGUGCUCCGUUAGCUGCUUAUGAAAACAUUGUGUUGGUUAUUAUUCAGUAUCGCCUUGGCAUUCUGGGAUUCCUGAGCACUGGAGACGAACAUGCUCAGGGCAACUGGGGUUUCUUGGAUCAGCUGGCAGCCCUGAGAUGGGUGCAGGAAAAUAUUGAGGCUUUUGGUGGCAAUCCACAAACUGUCACAGUUGCUGGAGAAUCUGCAGGAGCCAUCAGUGCAUCCAUACUGACUCUGUCUCCACAAGCAGAAGGACUGUUUCAGAGGGCAAUUUUUCAAAGUGGAGUAGCAACACUUGGGACCUAUACUACAAGCCAUCCUUUGGGUCAUGCCAAGAUUGUUGCCAACCUUACUGGAUGUGACCGCAGCAGUACAGAGGAACUGGUCCAGUGCAUGAGGGGGAAAAGUAAAGAUGAGCUAGUUGACGCGACUAAAAAGAUGAAACUUUACCUGGGAGCCGUGGUGGAUGGCGUGUUUCUGACCGAUACGGCAGAGGAGCUUCUCAAGAGGAAAGAAGUGCUGAAGGUUCCAGUGAUGAUGGGAAUAACCAACCAUGAGUUUGGAUGGAUCCUGCCUCAGAGCUUUGCCCCUCCUGGCUGGGAGAACGGGAUGACUAGAGAGUCUGUGCUGGCAGUGGUGAACAUGUUCAAUCCUGCAGGGGCUUCCUCUGCCAAUAGCCUCAUCGCAGAUGAAUACCUGAAAGACGCUCAAACACCAGAGGAGAUCAGAGACGGCUUCACUGAAAUCAUGGGAGACCUGCUGAUGACUCUGCCUGUAGUCAAGGUGGCUGGAUACCACUCAGAUGCAGGUGUUCCAGUUUACAUGUACGAGUUUGUGUACCAGGCUGACAUACACAAACACAGCAGACCCAGCUUUGUGAAGGCAGAUCAUGCAGAUGACGUCGGCUUCAUGUUUGGUGGAUGUUUCUGGAACGGACAUAUAAAAAUAAUAGGCAAAAUAGCCAAUGAGGAUGACGGACUUUGUAGGAUCAUGAUGGCAUACUGGGCCAGCUUUGUCCGGACUGGCUCUCCCAACAGUCCUGGUCUGGUCAGUUGGCCUCAGUAUGACAGGCAGAAGCAGGAAUACCUGGAGCUGGGCCUGUUGCAGACGGUGAGACAGAAACUGAAGAAGGACAGGGUCCAUUUUGCUACUGUCACCCUCCCUCAGAAGCUGGAACAGUUAGCAGCAGCAGUCAAACGUGGGAACUGAUCUCUGGAAGCUGUCAUAUUGUUUGUAUGGGACCCAAGUUUGAGAGUGUUUACGCCUCCUCACCAAAACUAACUGGUAUAAUGUUAAUUAUUUCCAAGACCCCAUAUUAAACUUGAUUUACUGGG